AUGAAUAAGCCUACUGAAACUAAUGUAACCAAUAUACAUAAUCAGCCUACUAUAGCUCUCCGACGGGGCAGGAGCAAAGGAAAGAUUAACAUAACAAGCGAAACACUUACCAACAUAAAUUCUAAAACCAAUAAUGCCAGCACUUCUAAUUCUAAUGGAAAUAAUGUAAAUUCUACAAAUACUCGACCUCUUAUGACGCUUCGAAGAGGCAGGAGCAGAGGAAUGAAUAAUGUAACAAGCGAAGCUCCUACCAACAUCAAUUCUGAAACCAAUUAUGCUGGUACUGCUAAUUCUAAUGGAAUCAAUGUAGAUACUACAAAUGAUCAAUCUACUAUAACCCUUCGAAGGGGCAGGAGCAAAGGAAAGAUUGAUGCAUCAAUAAUUGAAGGUUCAUCAAAUUCUUUAAGAAAAAGAAAAGCAACCGAAAAUGAACAACAACCGAAUCAAAAACGUGGCCGAGGAAGGCCACGAAAAAACAUUCAACCUAUUCAACCUCAACUACAACAGCCAUCAACACAGCAAAAACCCACACAAAGCGGUAAAGAUAAUGAGAAUGAUAAGGAUGUGAAAGAAGAAGUCCCUUUUGGGACAAGAACACAAACUUUAUUACAGGAACGAGAAGUAUCAACUGGGGAAGAAAAUGAAAUUACUCGAAUUGCAAUUAGAGCGAAAUUAUACUGUUUGAAUGUUCAGGAAUGGAAAGAAAGAGGAGUUGGAAUUCUAAGACUAAAUUAUUCAAAAAAUAAUGAAAAUUCUCCUCGAUUAGUUAUGCGUUCCGAAAACGUACUAAAAGUGAUCUUAAAUGUUGCAUUAUUUCAUGGAAUGCAAGUUGAAAGAUCACAAGAUAAAUUUGUAAGAAUCUUUGCCUUUGAGGAUAAGCUCGUUCAUCUGGCUAUUAAGUUACCCAAUUCCAAUGAAGCAGAUGAAUUAUAUGAAGCCAUAAUGAAUGCAAUUCCUCCAUCUCAAAAUCAACCACUUCCUAAUAUAACUUCAGAAAUGUCAUUUUGA